CAGGAAGUGAAUAGCCUACAGUAGGAACUGAAUAGCCUACAGUAGGAAUUGAAUAGCCUACAGCAGGAAGAAGUGAAUAGCCUACAGCAGGAAUUGAAUAGCCUACAGCAGGAAGUGAAUAGCCUACAGCAGGAAGUGAAUAGCCUACAGCAGGAAGUGAAUAUCCUACAGCAGGAA